AUGGCGGGGAUUUCGCAUGAAAAAGAUGACAGCAUGUUUGUUCCACUAAGAAAGAAACCAAAGCUUCAUGGAAUAGAGAGCAACUACGUUAACUCUGUUUAUGAAAAGAGCUUUACAGGUGACAGAAUGUCUGAAUUAGAUAUAGAAAACCUUCGUUGGUAUAAUGGCAUUGAAGUGAAAGGUAAUAAAUUAUAAAAUAUAGUUAACUUGACAUAAUUUGAUAAACAACAAACUUGUUCCUAGACAUUACUGGAAAUUCGGAUUAAUUAAGCACCCUUAAGCUGUGUUUAUGUUGCAUGCCCAUAAUACCUCCUCCCCAAACCAGUGUUGUGGUACUUCUGAUUGGAAAGUUUGGCAAUUGAUUGUAUGUCCGAGAUUUCAAAAAUUUAAUAGUAAAUAUAUUGUUGUUCUUGAAAGGGAUUAUCCGAAACGCACCACGUAUAAAAUUGAAUCCAUAUUAAAUUCAUAUAUCAAUAUAUUUUCGUACAAAACAUCGCUUUAAAGGUGGUAAUUAUUCUAUAGAAACAAUACAAAUACAUUAUAAACUACGCUACAAGAAACAAAUUACUUUACAAAUACAUAGAAAACAGGACAAAAACAUGCAAAUGUCCCUGACUUUUGCCCUUCGUAAAUAUCCGAACAAACAAUCAAAUAAUAUAAAACCAACAUGUGUUUUUAUCACGUGA